UUGGAAUCGCGUGUUUUUCUGCUCUCUUUCAUCGAUCAAUGGUCACCGCCUUAUGAACUCUGAUCUUCGUUUCUUCUUCUUCUUCUUUCUAUUCAUGUUGUAAGAAUUUCGUCGUCUUCUUUUCUUGCCUGCUGAAGGCGGUGGAAUAAGAGCCCAAGUUCUGAGCUCCCGUGUGCUUCUGCUCGUAUUGAUUGGCCAAGAAACAGGUUUCAUAAAAAAUGCUGCUGCCACGCCAGCAAUCACAGUCGGGCACGCUGCAAACCUCAUUUUCCCUAGUGCCAUCAGAAGCACGCUUAACUCAAGAGGAACCUAGAUCAAAUUCUGGCCAAGUUCGGGAGUCCCCCACAGAGAGUGCCAGUUCUCAGGAAACUUGGCCUACUGUUGAAGCCAUGUUGGCAAGGAAGAUGGAGGGUGGGAAGACAGAGAAUGAUAAUGCUGAACAUUCAGUCGUUCACCGCCUUUCUAGUGCUGAUAAGAUAACUCUCCGGGAUAUUGCAAGGGAGAGAGUAGAUGUAAUCUCCGAAAAGAUGCAUCGUCUUUCAGAUGAGUUUCUUGAAGAAUUGAAAACUGGGCUUCGAGUUAUCCUUGAUGGUAAUGGUGGUUCACAGCAGAGGGAGGAGAUUUUCAUUUUGCAGAAGCUUGUUCAGAAUAGAACUGAUUUAACAGCUAAGACUCUACUUAUAGCGAAUCGGGUGCAACUUGAGAUCCUUGUUGCAAUAAAUACUGGAAUUCAGGCAUUCUUGCACCCAAAUUUCACCCUCCCACAGACUACUCUAAUUGAGAUCUUUGUGUACAAGAGGUGCAGGAAUAUAGCCUGCCAAAACCAACUUCCAGCUGAUGACUGUACAUGUGAACUAUGCUCCAAGAGAAAUGGUUUCUGCAAUCUUUGCAUGUGUGUAAUAUGCAAUAAGUUUGAUUUUGAAGUCAAUACCUGUCGUUGGAUUGGGUGUGAUCUGUGCUCUCACUGGACUCAUACGGAUUGCGCCAUUCGCAAUGGGCAAAUUUGCAUGGGUCCCUCUGUUAAGAGUGGACCUGGGCAAACUGAAAUGCUUUUCAGGUGCCAAGCCUGCAACCGAACGUCGGAGCUGCUUGGUUGGGUUAAGGAUGUUUUCCAACACUGUGCACCUACCUGGGAUCUGGAGGCUUUGACAAGGGAACUCGACUAUGUUAGUAGAAUAUUUCGUGGGAGUGAGGACCCCAGAGGGCGGAAGCUUUUCUGGAAGUGUGAAGAUCUCAAUGAAAAAAUGAAAAGUGGGGUUGUGGACUCUUCAAUGGCAUGCAGAACUAUACUAGCAUUUUUCCAAGAACUUGAGUUAGACUCUCCAAGAAGCAUGGAAAAUGGGGAAGGUGGACGACUGAUAGCCCCGCAGGAGGCAUGCAGCCGCAUUGCUGAUGUGGUACAGGAGGCCAUAAGAAAAAUGGAAAUAGUGGCCGAUGAGAAGAAGAUGAGAUACAAGAAAGCACGGAUGGACGUCGAGGCAUUUGAGCAUGAGGUCGAGGACAAGACCAGGGAAGCAGCAGAACUAAAGCUGGAGAAACAGAGAAAGAAGCUACAGAUUGAAGAGCUGGAGAAAAUUGUGAGACUUAAACUUGCAGAAGCUGAUAUGUUCCAACUUAAGGCGAAUGAGGCAAAACGAGAGGCCGAAAGGCUCCAGAUUAUUGCUCUUGCCAAAUCUGAAAAAUCCGAAGAAGACUUCGCUAGCAGUUACCUGAAACAGCGGUUAAAGGAGGCUGAAGCAGAGAAACAGUAUUUGCUAGAGAAGAUCAAGCUGCAGGAAAGUUUCCGCACGCAGAGCAGUGGCGGGGCUGAUCAGUCCUAAAUCCUUACAUAUUUCCAAAUGUCAUUCUGUGUCGUACCAUGUCUCCUAAUAGUCAUCAGCCUCAAACUACCAGCUGAAUGAUGGUCACUCUUUUGAGGAAAAAUCCUCGAAGAAUAUACUUUACAGUUAGACACCGUAACAUUAACUGGAAUUGGCUAUGCUUCCGUUCUGGGGGUCUGAAAUGUUGCCUAAUAUUCUGUACAGCAUCGUUAAGAAACCGUCAGUGAUCUAACCUAUAAAGUAAUUUGAAGUUAUCAAGUGUUUCCCUUAUGGUA